AUCCCAGCAUUACGGUAAGGGGAGGGGCUGGUCUCGCGGGAGCUGGGCGCGAGUUCUCGUGAGAUCUCGGUGCAGGCCACGGACGGAGAGCCAAGCAGGAGCGAGGGAGCCGGCUGCGGCGGGGGGAGGCCCCGAGGCGGUGAUGUCUGAAGAUGCUGGACGCGGCAGCAACUCCCUGCAGGGCAGGGGCCUGGACUCAGGCUGCCGCCAGCCUUUCGCAUCCACCUCUCGCAACGGGGCCGUGCCCGAGCACCAGCAGCGCAGGCUGGUGGGUGGCCAAGGCCGUCAGCGCCCCCUGGAGGCUGCGAACGAAGGGGGCGAUGGGGAGGAAGAGGAGUCGGAAGAGGAGCCCGGGCAGGGCAGCGAGAGAGCCGAGCCUGAUGGGAACCACACUGACAGGAGGAUGCUCCGGCACCAAUAUCGUCAGCUCAUCAACAGAGUACAGCAGAAUCGUGAGGAUAUGCUGAGUUCAAAAAGCAAUAGUUUGACAGAUGCACUACAAGAAGCCAAUAAAUUGUUCAGUGGAGUUUCCCAGGCAAGGGAGGCUGCCCUGGAUGCCCAGUUCCUUGUUUUGGCAUCAAAUCUAGGAAAGGAGAAAGCAAAUGAGUUACACUCUGAAAUGACAGUAUUUGACUCGCCAGCAUUUGCUGAAGAUUUACUAACAUUUAUGGGCCUAAAUCGUCUAGAAGGAGAAGAAAAUGAUAGCGAUGAUGAGAGCAUUGCUAAUGGAUUUUUACCUAAUAAUGCCUGGCAUAAACUGGGAGCAGAAGCAGAAAGAUAUUUCAGAAGAUCUCCUUCUUUUCACUACAUGUUGGGAUCUUUCAAGGCUGAUCCUCCUGUACCGAGGCAACGGAUUGAGAGGCAGAAAAGGAAAGCAGGAACAGAAGAAAAAAGGGCAAUGCCUGCUCAGUUGAAGAAAAUGGAGGAAUCUCAUCAGGAAGCCACAGAAAAAGAAGUAGAGAGGAUCUUGGGAUUGUUACAGACCUAUUUUAAAGACGACCCCAAUAUACCUAUUUCCUUCUUUGAUUUUGUGAUUGAUCCAAGUUCUUUUGCACGCACUGUGGAAAACAUCUUUCAUGUGUCCUUCAUUAUAAGGGAUGGCUUUGCAAGAAUAAAGCUGGAUCAGGACAAACUGCCAGUAAUAGAGCCUUCACAUGAAGAGGAAGGUAGAGAAAAUGACCAGAAUGCCCAAGUACGGAACCAAGCAGUCAUAUCUUUGAGCCAUCAAGACUGGAAGGACAUUGUAGAAACUUUUGAAAUCACAGAACCUAUGAUUCCCCCUCCUGGUAUCAGCCAAGAAAAUGAAAGUUAGGUGCCGUGAAGAAAAAAUGUGUUUUAAAAUAUUCAAAUAAGUUUUAUAUGUAUAUACUGUAUGAUAAAAUUUAUUUUUUGAUGAGAACACUAGUUUAAAUUCGAUGCUUUUUAUAUAACAAGCUUAUUGUAUCUUUUUAUUUAUACAUGUCAUUUACAGUAGUAUAGGUUGUCAUGAUACAUAAGGCAUUUUCAUCCUAUCAUGAUUUUCUUUAAUAAAGUCCUUCUGUAAUGUU